AUGUUUUCUGGGAUUCCGAAGUCUCCAGCCAACCUCGUACCUAAAAGCUACCGCUCACUUCACUCUGCAGCAGCAGCAGCAGAAGCUCGACUCGUGCGUGCUUCCGAUCUUUCCACUCUCUUGCAAGGCCGCGUUCCCCGCCCUCAUCUCCUUCAAAUCCACGGCCGGGUCUUCAGGCUCAACGCCCAGCAGGACAAUCUGGUGGCGACCCGUCUCAUCGGCCAAUACCCAUCUCACGUCGCGUUCAGAGUUUUCGAACAUCUGAAGAGCCCCAACGUCUUCCCCUUCAACGCCAUCAUAAGGGUCUUCGCCGAGGAGGGCUUGUUCCCAGAGGCUUGGUCCCUGUUCAGAGCCUUGACGCAGCGCCGGCUCUCGCCUAAUGACUUCACCUUCUCGUUCCUUCUCAAGGCGUGCUUUCGAUGCGCGAGCGUCGGUCAAGCGGGUCAGAUUCAUACCCACGUGCUCAAAGCUGGUUUUUGUGAGGAUCCUGUCGUGUGUAACGGCCUUCUCUCUGUUUAUGCCAAGUCCGUUAUGGAUGUCGUUUCCGCGCGUAAGCUGUUUGAUGAAAGUCCCCAGAGGAAUUCGGUCUCUUGGAGUUCUUUGAUUUCUGGUUAUGCUCAGUCGGGUCGGGCUGAAGACGCGUUGCGACUUUUUGUUGACAUUGUCUAG